CAGGUAAUCGCUAUGCGGCAGCUGCUGGACACGGCCGCUGAGAUCGCCUCCGCCAUGGCCUACCUGCACAGCCGGGCCAUUGUGCACGGGGACCUGAAGACGGCCAAUGUGAUGCUGCAGCGCCAAGACUCCGACCCUCGGGGCUUCAUCGCCAAACUGGCUGACUUCGGUCUGGCCCGCCAGCUGGCCGGUCGAGGUGCCGAGGACGGUAUGCUGGUGUCCCGUAUCGGCACCGUCACCCACAUGGCGCCGGAGACCAUUCGGGACAACAUGGUCCUCCUGAGCAGUGACGUGUACUCCUUCGGCGUCAUAUUGUGGGAGCUCUACUGCGCUCAGCAGCCCUUUGCGAACUACACAGCGUUCCAGCUCCUAUCCGCCGUCGUACAGUACGACGAGAGGCCCCAGUUUCCAGUCCACUGUCCGCCCGAGUACGCCGCCCUGGCCGUGCGCUGCAUGGCCAAGGACCCCCGGCAACGACCCACCUUUACAGAGGUACGGCAGCGCUCCCGU